GUCUGGACGCACUUUUAAACACUCCUCCAGAGCGCAGGACGCACAGUGGACGCGCGUAAAACUAACCAAAAUCCCCAAAUUUAAACACCGGAGCCAAACUUCUGCCACAACAUUGGAAUUGAGUCUCAUUCUGAGAAAUUCUGUUCUCCGGUGAAUCGGACGCGCGUUUCUUCUCAAUUCUUUAAAAUGCUCGGGUUUUGCAGAAGUUUUUGCGUCACACACUGGAUUAUGAAACGAUGUCGGGAUUCCUGUGGGUAUAACUAAAAGAUCAGAACAUAAACCUUCCGUGUGACCAGUGAGGCUCGUUUGUGUCUCCAGAAAAGCGACAUGGGGUCGUUUCCCGUGGUGGUUCUUGUCACUCUUUGGGUUUGGGCUGAAGGCUCCGCAGACAGUCAUCUCUCCCUGGGGAAAACCUUCGGCCAAUCCAACAAAGACUCUCGCUGCCAACACAUGCUGAAGCACCUUCACAACGGAGCCCGGAUCACCGUGCAGAUGCCUCCUCAUGUGGAAGGCCACUGGGUGUCCACCAGCUGUGAGGUGAGACCCGGUCCAGAGUUUCUAACUCGCUCCUACAGGUUUUACCCCAACAACACCUUCCAGGCCCACCAGUUCUACUACGAGGACAACCACUGCAUCAAACCCACCUACACGCUGGUGAGCCACGGUCGCCUGCGCCUACGCCAGGCCUCAUGGAUCGUCCGUGGAGGCACAGAAGCAGACUACCAACUCCACCGUGUCCAGAUUGUGUAUCACACAGCCACGGUGGCCAAAGAGCUCACCCAGAGGCUCAACUACAGCUGCAGAGGGGCCGUGAGGGGCCCCUGGGAGCCUGGCGUGAUCUACGAGCUGUGGAAUGAAGAGGGAGGUCAUGACUGCUCGAAGGAGCUCAACUUCACCAUGCACGAGCUGCAGCUGCUGAGGGUGGAGAAGCAGUACCUGCUUCACAACCCGGAUCACCUGGUGGAGGAGCUGUUUCUGGGAGACAUCCACACUGAGCCGUCGCAGAGACUCUAUUACAAACCGUCCAGCUACCAGAACCCCCUGCAGAAUGCCAAGAAUCAUGACCACAGCUGCAUCGCCUGUCGCAUCAUCUACCGCUCAGAUGAGUUCCACCCGCCCAUCCUGCCGCCGCGGGCUGACCCAACCGUUGGGCUGUACGGUCAGUGGGUGAGCCAACACUGCGAAGUGCGGCCCGAGGUCCUCUUCCUCACCCGCCACUUCAUCUUCCAUGACAACAACCACACCUGGGAGGGUCACUACUACCACUACUCAGACCCCACCUGUAAACACCCCACCUUCACCAUCUACGCCCAGGGACGCUACAGCCGAGGGCUCCACUCUACACGUGUCAUGGGAGGGACGGACUUUGUCUUUAAAGUGAACCACAUGAGAGUGACGCCCAUGGACUUUACCACCACCUCCCUUCUAAACGUCUUCAGCGGUAAUGAGUGCGGCGUGCAGGGAUCAUGGCAGGUCGGCGUGGAGCAGGACGUCACCCUAACCAAUGGCUGCGUGGCAUUGGGCAUUCGGCUUCCCCAUACGGAGUACGAGCUCUUCCGCAUGGAGCAGGAUGCUCACGGUCACUAUCUGCUCUACAACGGUCAGCGGCCCAGCGACGGCACCAGCCCAGACCGACCGGAGAAACGGGCCACCUCCUAUCAGAUGCCCCUGAUUCAGUGCUCAUCAAGCAGUCAGCGAUCUGAUCACAGCAGAGAGGAGGAGGAGAGUUUGCUGCUGUAUUCCAGCGAUAGCCCAGGAUGGCACAGAAGCUUCCACAAAUACAUCGCGCUGGCUAUCGUCACUGCUCUGCUUUGUUUUUAGGAGGAUUGUCUUCCUGCACCAAAAGUAAAAGAAAAAAGUGUGAACUUGCAUAUAAACAUAAAAACUGCUUGUGAAAAACAAAAACUACACAUUUGUAGAUUCCCCUUUUGGACAAAAAGAGGAGACCUGAACUCCCCAACACCUGCCAAUGACUGGACAUGGCUGCACCGCAGAAACUGCACUUUAGAGUGGAACCACCUGUCUGAUUCCACAAUCCUUAAUGUGUUAAAACCUGCAGCGUUGCAUCAUGAAUUCAUGAUGCAAAAGACAUUUUGUACGGCAUUUUGUUAACGACUGCCUCCCUGUCCUGAGGAAAAAGCCUGUGAGAUGCUUUUCCCUGAAAUGGGAGCUACAGUAAUCUUAUAAAAGCUUUUCAUGUAUGGAUCUAAAAGUAGAGUGGACUCGGUCCAAAAAACAGUAACCGACACCAUCCACAAGGAAAGGAAAACGCUAAAUCUCAUUAAGAAGCUGCUUGUUCCCAGAGUGCUUUAUCCAAGCUUAAAUCUCAAGAAGUUGGUAGGAAAAGGUGCAACAGGAAUCUGGAGAAGCUUCACCAGGAGUGGACUAAGGCUGGAGUCAGAGCAUCAAGAGACCGAUCAUGUCAUGCCUCACCUGAACCAGAGAUGUCAGCAACGACUCACUUAAUCUGAGGAGGAAAAAGACCUGGACGUUGCUCAGUGGUCCAGAAUGAAAGAAACAUUUUCAUGUCAUUUUGAUAUAAAGCUCCCAGAGAAAGAGUGGACAGGUUCAAAUUCAAGAUGCUCCAGGUCCAGGGAAGGUUUCCACAGUCAGUGAUGGUUCAAAUGUGACUCGUAACCUGUUGUUGGUCCAAGGUGUUUUCUGAACGUCACAGUCAAUGUAGACAGCUACAGGAACAUUUUAGAGCUCAGGCUUCCUUCAGCUGGUUUCAUUGCCCAGAAGGACUUGGCACCUGCUUACGUUGCUAAAAGUACCAAAAGAUGGUUGAAUGACCAUGGUUAAUCAAUGGGUGGCCAUUCAGAGGAGAUGUCAGGCAUCAGACCCAACAGUGCAAAUGACCAGCUAUUAAAGCAACCCGGGCUUCCAGUAAACAUCAGCAGCGGCACAGGCAUGACAAUAUUUUCCGAAGCCUGACAAUUCCGUUUAAAAUCAUUUCUGAGACAUUGAAUUUGAAGUUUUCUAUCUGUAAAAAAAAUCAUCAAAAUUACAAGAAAUAAAGACCUGAAAUAGAUGUGUGUAGGAGUAGCAUACAAAUUUAUUUUGGGUGCUUUUUAAACCCAGUAUACUAAACAACAUUUGACCAAUAUGAUGUGAAUUUCUAUAUAAAUAUGGAAAUCAGGUCGGAUUGGUCUUUGAAUGUUUAACCAGAAGAUUUAGAUUUCUGUGUUUAUUCAGGGAUUGUCAGACACUUCGUAUUAAUUCAAGAAGAGAGUCAAGUUUAUAAAAAGUAAGAAAUUUAUUUUGUAAACAAUUAAAAACAUGACAACUUGGA